CAGCCACAUUCGCGAGUCCUUUUUCCAGUAGCUAGCGAUAUCCUCCGGUGGAUACCUAACACCCUGAAAAUUUGUCAACGACUCAGCGAAACGUGUACGCGUAAUAGUUGGAUGUCGUACUUGAAAGUACAAAAUGUCAGAGCGACGUAGAACUUGUCGACAGGGAAACACGUCUCUGGCACUUAAACUGUACAAUUCUUGCUCGACCUCUUCGAACGGUUCUGUCUGAGCGUCGUUAGUUCGUCCGAGCGGUAUCUCGUUCCUGGCUUCUAGUUCCGCGUCUAAUUCCAAACGCUCGAGGACAGAUGCGAAGCUUCUCGACUCUUUGCAAUUGCCAAAAUUCGCCUGUUUGCAAAACAAUUCGGGCCGAGUCACUUAAUUCUGCCACUUUAAAUUGUUUGCAAACUGUCUGCUUUACGAACAAACGUGUCAAAUAAAAGCUGUAUAGUAUAAUAACAGCGGAUGCUUACGUUGUAAUAUGCAAUUUGGUUUUUUGUCAGUUUACCUGUUUACCGAGGUACGAAGCUCGCCUUGACUUAGAAAAAAAAACAUCGUCCGACUCUACCGAAACUCAUAUAUCUAAGCAUUUGGUACAUUUAGUUCGAUGCACGCAUUUAUACAGCGAACAAUUAAUAAAUAAUUUCACGUGGGUAAAUUAAGCGACACGCCGUACUGUACAAAUGGAUAAUAAUUAUUUGAACCUGCACUCCUUGGGAACACACGUUGCAUCCUAUAGCGCCGGACAGGCUCGCGUCGCUUUUAUUCUUCGACAAAACACUUUUCUCGUCCCACGUAAAAUUUUCAACUGAAAGUGUAAAAAGUUCGUGAAACGGAAACGUGCAAUUUCUACGUCGAUCGACCAACGACUGGUAGCACACGAGUUACGUUCACGGACCGCUCGAAUUAUCGGAUUCAUCGUUUCUCCAGUCCAUCGGUUUCUCCCUGGACCAUGUAAAAGCUGUUCCAUGUGCGAAGAGAAACUCGAGAGGCUAUAAAGUGGACUAGAAAUAUUCACGAUUAAAGCGCCAUUAGAGACGCUCGGUCCCUUAUCUCUUCCGAUUCACGGUGACCAAACUGGCAACUUUAUUAGCCGUCGAAAACACCGUCUACUACUCGAAAAGCAAAUAACAUCAGAGUGCUCCAAGUAGUUAGUGCUGGGUGCUCUCAUCGGGACUACACACCGGUGCUCCACAGGACGAUCGCGGUAUACGAUCCUGUAGCAGAGGAUAGAGCUCACCGAUCCGGCCCAAGCGAAAGAACAAAUUACAUACUGCGAAAAAUGAACCAGCAAGAGAAACGGAUAAUCGAAGACGAUUACGAUAAUCGAAGACACGUUACCCGGCGAUAAAUCAAGAAAAAGCGUAACGACGUUCGAAACGGCUGGGUCGUCGGGUCGUUAAGCCGAUAGGAAUCGUUAUCUCCGCGGAAGUUUACGCUUGGCGUUUUGCGAAAUACCCGGUGCGCGCAUAUUACACGGCGAAAAGCGUAACGAAGAGGACGAGUCUCCGAAGGCAACGCGCUUAAUCUUCCUGGCGAUGCCAGGAGGUCGUAAUCUCGAUCGUUACAUCGGCAUCCGUUAUUCGAGCGGAGACAACCGACUACGGCGACGGCGACGGCGACGGCGACGGCGACGGCGACGGCGACGGCGACGGUGACGGCGACGGUGACGGCCAAGCAACGAGAAGGCGGAGGGGAGGCGGAAAAAAAGACAGGAGCAUGGAUUGGAUAGGGAAGCUCCGCGAUGCGCCGCGCCGCGCCGAUAUAUGUAACGUUAGAAAGGUAGAGGAACAGGUGCGCUCGAGCGAGAUGCGCGAGUACGGUGUAUCGCACACGUACACGUAGCGUAUAUGGUGCACGACACCGCAGAACCGAUGCCCGCAUGGCUCGCCGCUCGUAUUCACGAGGUAUCCGUUGGUCACGGGUGGCCGGCCCGGGUUCCGGGCCCACUUCCGGACGAGUCCGCACCGGUACGGUUUCUUUUUAGUCAGAAACGCAUCGUAUCAGUUGUGUUCGCGUACAGUUAGACGGUGUUGCUUCGCGCCUUCCUUCGCCUUCGCCUUCUCCUUCGCUUUAUUCGCGUUCGCGUUCGCACCGAUUCGAACUCGCCUGCUCCUUCGCGCAUAGAUAGCAUCCACGGAAUCGUCCGCGCACCGCGCCGCCUCUAAAUGAUCUGAACGGAACAUCGGACACCAUGGAUUUCUCGAGACGGGUGAGUCCAUCGGGACCCGCCGCGCCCCGGAGAUCUCGCGGAGAAACCUGGGAUCGGAAAACGAUUCGCCGGUCCGCCGGACGACGAACAGGAUGUUCGCGGAUCUUCCCGGAUCCUCGCGAGCUCGUUUAAUUCGCAUCGUAGAUCUCCUCUGUCGGCUUCCGUGAACUUGGAAAAUGUUAUGUUUUCAAUUUUUUCUCCGAUUUGUCGGACGAUCGUUAGAAUGCUGCUAAUCGCAUCGGGUUUCCUUGCGCGGUACUUCCAACGUCUCGUUCACCAUUGUCACCGAGAUUUCGUUUCCGUCUUCGAGGGGAUCGUAUCGAUUUCCAUCUACGCGGGCCGAGCGUCUUGCAACGGUCGGCGCGGCGCGUCUUCUCUCUCGCGAUUUGUUGUGCCUAGAAAACCACCGUCUGGAAAAUAAUAAUUAGACGUUGUUCGUUCCUCCGCAAUAGAGAAACCACGCGUCUGCGAUUCAUCCACAGUUCUAACUAACAGUUCUAUCGAGUUCGAAAUAAAAGGCAAAGACCAUGAAAUUGUAGUUUGUACGGUUCCAGUCGCAACCGUGCGUGCUAGAAACGCGCCAAACCCAUAGCUCGGUAAUAUCUACGCCGUAAUGUAAGCCGUAAUGCGUGCGAUCGGUCUACAGCGUACGGCGUACGACUUACGGUAUUCGACAAUUCCGCUGCGCGUAGCUCGUUCAUUAUGGCGUGUCAACGAUAUUUAUCAUACUUUUUAUUUACGUUUCUUACAUGUUUGUUGCACGUGUUGCUUUACCGCGUCGCGUCGCUCGCGGACUACGAUCUCUGUUCGGCAUAAAGAUAAAGGAAGCGAGUCGCGGACGCGUAAAAAUCUACGACUCGUGGCGUUGGCCGGCUAUGGGCGACGGUAACGUACGAACGCGAACGUACAGGGAACGAUCGCGCGCAGCUCCCCGACUCCCCGUAGCGAGGUCGAGCGGUCGGAAAUUUUCACCUCCCCGCGAAACGCUUCGCGGAAGAUCGGCGCGGACGGGCAUGUGGGCGUGCAGCAAGUGCGGUCACCGCUUCCUGCCGCAAAUCGAAUGAUCGUCGCUGGUCGUCGCGGACCACGCUCGGACAACGCGAGCGCGCGAGCACGCGCGCAUAUGGAAGCGUCUGUUCGAACUUGGAACUGGAACACACCCGGCGUGGGCAUGAAACGAAUGUGCGCGUGCGAUGCGCGUGCGAUACGCGUCCGCGAAAACAAUGAGGAGCGCGCGCUGCCGCCGCGCUUUACCGCGCUUUACCGCGCUUUGCCGCACCCACGCGUGCACGGGCCCGCGACCGGCCGAUGUUAAUACCCUGUUGCGUCACCGUCGCUGAAAUAUUUCUGUCCGAGACAACGGGCAACGAAGCCGGCGCGAACUGGGAAAGCGUGGCGCAAUUAGCGAGUCGUUUCUCGAGCAACGAUCGCGCGAGCAGAAAAAGUAAGGAAGGAACGAGUCGGUUUAUUUCGACGACGCUCGCCGGAAACGUCGUCGCGUCGAUUCUACGGCAUCGUUGGAGACCUUCGCGGCCUCGGGCCCCCUGUCGUUCGGUCUUCUCUCUUUGCCCGUUGAACAACGAUUGCGCCGUGCCACGGAAAAGCGUCCCGAACGAAAACGGAUUUAUCAAAAUUUCGACAAGAAAGGUGAACGCGAUGGAUCGAGGAGAUCCGGAUCUCGCAACGCGCUCGAGGUUGCGAAAAAGAUCGGUUCUUCCGACGGUUCUAUUUAUAGACCGAGAGAUUAUCCGGGAAUUUGUAAUUCAACGCGUCGGUAAUGAGAGCAUUUCGAAGAUCGUUUUUCGGACCCAAUUACCGGCUGAAACUCGAGCGAGAAUCCAUUAAAACCGUGCCACCGUGCCGAGACGCGUACUCGGUUGCGCAUUUUUACGGAUACGAAAACAAUAUAUGCUCGUUUCUCCGUAACACUUACUCCGACAUCCUGUUACAAGGAAACAUCGUCGGCCGUGAAGCUAACACGGCAAUUAAUUUCUGAUAAGACGGCGGUUCUUUUCAGAAUUCUGUUCUCACGCGUACAAUCGCGUCUCGGUUUAAAAGGAAUGUAUCGCGUGGGUGUGUGUUUCGGACCGCGAUACGGAACAAUGGAACUUUUCGACUCGAUCGUCGCGUAUCGCCGCACAUCGGAAAAAGUGUGAUUUAUUUUCCAAUGUUCCGAUAUCGAUCUACUUCGGACGGAUGAUCGUCCUCUCUUACGAUCGACCGGUUCAAGCUGGUCGUUCUUCUAGAAUGUCUCGGGUUUCGGAGAACUUUAAGCUAGCAACGAGUAUAUUCUUCGGCGCUCUUUUCCAUGCUGUAAUUAGCGGAGCUCUAUCCGCGGAGAGAGCAGUUUACAUAAGCGUCGUUGAACAAUUGCUGGGACAAAUGUCUGACGGAGGAACGGGUCCGUCGCACCGCGCCGCGCCGAGCCGAGCCGAGCCGCGCCAAUCGGAACCGCGGCGCGAGGCGGUGGAUCGGAGGAUCGUGGAUCACCUGUGAUCAAGUCCUCCGGAGGACCUCGCUCUCGCGAGUUCCCAUACCCUAGUUUUCUGCGAGCGAGCGUGGCGUAUGCGAGCAUCGCUGUGUGCCGCCGAUCGCGUUUCUCCGUUGCGAAAUUCAUGCGCGCGCGCGCGAUCGUGCCGCGAGGCUAGGCACGAUCAGAAAGGAUCGAACCGGUGUGUUCGUUCGAUUCAAAACGUAAAAUCGAUCGAGACCCGUUCUAACCGCAGCGUUCUCGCCGACAAGUCCUGGGUAACGGCGAUCGCGAAUCGAGGGGACCCGUCGACACCGGACGACAAAUGUCGGAGUUAUCGGCGAGGAUCGAGGACUCGGUGCGUAAUUUUUGUGUAGAAAAGCGUGAAUGGUAGAACGAUCGAACCGUGGAACGUUGGUACGAUGCUACGAUGGAAGGAAUAAAGCGCGAGAAGGAGGACGAUUUCCGGUGAUCCUGGUAACGGUAACGCGUUCGACGGUGCGAGUCUUUCGAAAAUCGAGAAGAACCGUUCGUCGCCGGUCCUUCUCCGUUCUUCUCUUUCGACCGAAAUGUACCGUUCCGCGCGAAGAAUAAUCGGCUCUGUAAUUUCGUUGAUCGAUAUAUUCCUCUCCCCGACGAUUGUUUCGGAUUUUUGUCCGAUAUCGCGCCGUCUUAAUUGAAGUUUCGCGUCCGCAGCCGGCAAAUUGGUCUGCGUAUCAAAGCCCAGGAAUUAAUAAAGUUCCUGAUAAUAACGAUACGGUUCUGGUUUUUUUCUUUUUUAUGGCUGCGUAAAGAGAGGUGGAGAAUGGUAUAUAUAAAGGCCGCGGAAGUUGGCGGAAAGCUUAAUCGAAAGAAGAAAAGCAGUUGUCGCGGUGCGCGGCGUGGCGCGGCUCGCGAGUGAUCGACUCGCGACGGACUCCCGGAAAGUUCGAUGUUUUUCUUAGAAAAUUCUGUUGAUGUCACGCAGGACGACAAGAGCUGCCGUUCCGACGACUCCAAUGGCGAUGUCUUCAAGAACGUCCCGAAGAACAGCACCACGUUCCGCGUCUGGAAAAUCGAGGGAUUACGGGUCGCAGCCGUCGCAGGAAGUAAUAUAGGAUACUUCCUCUCGGAGCUGGCAUACAUUAUCUAUGCGGUGUCGCCGAAGGACGGCCCACUCCCUUAUCCUGGCAUGCCGGUGAAGGAUCUGAAAUCGGGCCCGGUGGUCCGCGCCAUUCAUUUCUGGAUCGGAUCAGCCUGCGACUCGACGAUUUCCGGUGCAGCCGCCCUCCGAGCCGCGGAAUUGGACUCUCAGAUAUCAGCGACGAUUCUUCUGAGAGAGGCCCAGGGCCGUGAAAGUCCGAGGUUUUUGGCGUACUUCCGGCAGCGUCUGGUCGUCGAGAGGUUCCAUUUCGAGAGUCCGUCUUGCACGCUGCACAGAGUCACCGGUGUAGCUAAUCCUCUUUUAACGGAGCUCGAGAAAGUCGAUUGGGAUCAUUUCAGCUCGCGCGACGUCAUUCUGGUGGACGUUCGAUCCAAGGGCGUCACUUUUCUCUGGCUAGGGUCCGUGGCCGAUCCUUUGCACAAACGGCACGCGGUGACCAUUCUAGAGACGAAGAAGGAGAACAACAAUGUCAGAGUCGUUAUCGUCGAAGAUGGUUACGAGCAGACUCUUCCCGAUCACGAUAGAGACCUGUUCGCGAGUAUUUUGAACGCGUCUAGCAGGGUGGUUCGUCCGGAUCGUCCCCAUAGAGUCAACAGCCCAGCUCCGGUCAAGCUGUACAGGUGCAGCGAACAGUCUGGCAAAUACAAAGUGGCGGAGCUGAAAUCCGGACCCAUUCUACGGUCCGAUCUAACGUCCGAAUCUGUCUAUCUGAUCGAUCGCGGCGAGGCCGGCGUGUGGGCAUGGGUUGGGCGCGACGUCGAUGCCAGGGAAACGUUGGAAGCUGUCCGCAACGCGCGUGGUUUCGUCAAGAAGAAGAACUAUAGCAACGGCGUGUCCGUUGGGAGAACGCUCGAGACUCACGAGCCAACGGAGACGAAGGCUCUUGUCAGAGGCUGGGGACCCUCGAAAACUAGACCGCUUUCUCUACCGCCCAGCUUCGAACCGGACUACAUGAACGAAAGACCCAGGAUGGCUGCCGAAUGCCAGCUGGUGGACGAUGGAUCCGGCGAGAAGACUCUUUGGAGGGUGAGUCGGAAAGAAGGGAUGCUCCGGAUCGAUAACAAAGGCAUUUACUAUGCGGAGGCCUGCUACGUGAUGUGCUACAAGUACGGGCAAGGCCGCAGGGGCAAGUGCAUUGUCUAUUGCUGGGAAGGAGUUCAUUCCAUAAAGGUAGACCGAGAGGCUGCUUUGGAAACCGCUUGUCGUCUAUCGGAGGACAACUCGGCACAGCUGAUCAAAGCCUGCCAGGGUAGAGAACCGCCUCAUCUCCUUCAAAUUUACGAUGGAAAAUUGAAAAUACUAGCUGGCAGACACCGUGACUCUCCGGCGGAGAAGUAUCUCGUCAGAGUUUUCGGAUCUACGCCUUAUUCGUCGAAAGCGGUUGAACGUCCUCUCAGAUCUAGCAGCCUCGAUUCUAGCGGAGUAUUUAUCCUUUUCUCGGAUAUGCCUGUGGUGUGGUGCGGUGGAAAAAGUACAGGCGACGCUCGGCAAGCGUCCCGACGCCUAGCACCCAGAAACGCGCUCCUGAUGAUCGAAAACAAGGAAGACGAUGAUUUCUGGGCGGAACUCGGCGGUAAAGGUACUUAUGGCACAGAGAUCGUCGAGGUCGGAGAACAGCUUGAGAAACACUUGUAUCAGUGCGUGACAGAGGGAGAUACGUUCGUUGGCGAGGAGGUUCUUGGAUUUGGCCAGAGCUGCCUUCUUCCGGAAGCUAUCUGGCUGCUGGAUGCUGGAGACGUGAUAUGGAUCUGUAUCGGAAAGUAUUCGACGCCUAAAUCAUUGAGAGAAUGCGUGCACGACGGUAUGGUGUUUCUGUACACUCAUCCAACUAGUCGAGAUAGAAAUACUACAAUUUCUGUGAUCAAACAAGGUGCGGAGCCCUCGACAUUCAUAGGACUGUUCGACAAUUGGAACUACAAUUUAUUGCGGGACUACAAAUCGUUCGAGACGUUCUAUACGCUCUCGCAACACAAAGAACCAUUGGCGAAGGUACAAACGUCUGCGAAAUCAUCGAGCGACUUCGAUAGUUACGUGAAAUAUCCCCUUUCCGUACUGAAAAAUGAUCCAGAAAAUUUACCAGCCGGUGUUGACGUAGCUCGCAAAGAAAUGCACCUUACAUUCGACAACUUUAUCGCCGUUUUUAAAAUAGAACCAAACGAAUUCGUGAAACUGCCACCCUGGAAGAGACAAAGACUGAAGCAAACCGCAGGUCUCUUUUAACUUCUAGAUCUCUAUCGCUGUUAUAAUAAAAUUUGUACGAUAGUCAUUUAUAAGAUAAUCAAAAUAAAUAAACGCAUCUACACCUUGCA